GUUUGUCUAUUACGAGCAAGGAGUUCGGUCAGUCCGAGUUACGCCUAUUAGCGCCUGUAAGCGCCUAUUCCGGUCAAGCGGGGCGGCCACCGUCAUCUAUCCAGGAACCAUCAGCUGAGCCACUUAUACUUUGAGUUUAUGGCACGAUUUUAUUGCCUCAGCUUCUGAAAUACAUUCUCGUCCUCCUCUUUCCACAAUGGCCAGUAAACAGUUGGGCAAACUUCGCCAGUGGGCAGGCGAAGUCAUCUCUUCCAGAGAAAAGACCGUCAUUUCUGAAGAAUUCAAGGAGCUUGAGCAAGAUGUUGAACUCCGUAGAGGUGGUGUUGAGCGGCUGUUUUUGGCUUCCAAAGGAUACCACCAUUCGCUCACGAAGAAGAAAGACAACAUAGCUCUUGAUGAUCCAGAGAAGCUUCUUCCACUGGAUACAUUAGGUAUCGUCAUGAUUACACAUGGAGAGGAAUUUGGGGGUGAUUCUGAGUUCGGCGCGUGUCUCACAAAACUCGGACGUGCCCAUUGCAAGAUAGCCACUCUCCAAGAAACCUAUGCCAUUACAUUUCACGAUACUUUCAUGGCCUCUAUCGAAAAGUUUGGAGACGAAAUCAAGGAGUUUGAUCAGAUGAAGAAGAAGCUAGAAAGUCGACGAUUGAGUUAUGACGCUGCGAUAUCAAAGGUAGAGAAAUUGAAGAACGGCAAGAAGGAUAAGGAAAAAGAAAGGAAGGAAGCGGAGGAGGAAUUGGAGAGUGCUCAAGCCCGAUACGAAGAGACCGCAGAAGACUUGCGAGCGCAAAUGCACUUGAUCCAAGAGAACGAAAUAGACCAGACGCGUGAAAUGACUGCCUUCUUGGAUCUCGAGUUGAACUACGUCGAACAAUAUCUAGAGGUGAUGAAGGAUGUGAAAUCUGAGUGGUCCAUCAGCAGUGCAACUCGUAUGAACUCGAUACGCAGGCCUAGCACAAUUUCUCGUUCUACUUCCGUCAAAACAAAGUCUCCCAAAAUACCUCCCGCCCCGCACAAACGGACCCCUUCUGUAAAGUCGCAUGGCACGCAAGAUGCAACUUCCUUAGACUUGACAGAUGACGACGAUGAAGAGGCCUCACGUACACUUGCGUCUCGGAGUCGACGGUCUUCCAUGCACCGUGCUGAUGGGACAACGGGCACGUCGAUCUCCCGUCCGUCCUCGCGCGCGUCGAGGAAAAGGUCGGAUAGCAGCGGUGCCCCAGGGGACACGGAUAAGAAUUCUCGUAAAAUGAGUGUUGCUGGUUGGGCUUCGACUGCGAUGGGCUCAUUCUCAGGCCGGAGCAAGAAAUCGAGAGACAAGGAACAGUUUUCUACAUUAGAUGACAGUAGUGGAGGUGCUUCGAGAGGGUCUUUAGAUGACGUCGAUUGGAAUCCCGCGUCCGCUCCGAUGUCAUCCUCACUCAACAAAUCGUCUUCCCUGGGCAAAAAGUCACUCUCCAACCUUCGGGGCACCAAGUCCAACAGUGGCAGCCCGCAGAUCCCACCGCGCAUUCUUAGACCCCCGUCAUUACAAGGCAAAAAGGUGAUGAGGGCUUUGUAUGAUUUUGAUGGCGCCGCGGAUGAGCUGUCGUUCAAGGUUGGAGAUGAGAUUGUCGUGAUCAGUGAGGUAUUGGACGGAUGGUGGACGGGUGAGGUCCAUGGGAAACAGGGCUUGUUCCCGACUCCGUAUACAGAGGUGGUCCCUGCGAAGCCUCCGCUUCCUAACCGACCUGAUCUUUCGGGAAUGGGUGGAAAGAAAUCCGCCAACGGAUCCAAAGGUUUCGGGUCCAGGGAGUCGGUGUCUUCAGGGGAUAAUGUCUUGGACGAAGACAAUAUACUUGAUGUACACCCCCUUUCGGCAUCAAAUAGCCCAUUCUUUGGUGGCCUAGUGUCACCAACAGCCGCACAUCAGAACAAUGCGGACACGGAAAGUAUUCUGAGUAGUCUCGUUUCCGAAGGUGAGGAUGAAAGCGAUUUCCUCGUCAGAUCGAGACAAGCGACAUCAGUAACUGCUGCACGUUCAAUAUUAUCCUCUCUACCUUCACUAUCCCACCGCUCGUCUUCAGACGUCUCUUCCUCAACCAGCACAUCCUCUGGUGUCUACGGUGUCUAUGGAAAUGGUGGAAUCACCAAGAAAGCCCCUCCGCCUCCUCCGCCGCCGAGACGGAUGACGGCUGCACCGAUCGCGACUCCCCCUAUACCUUCCCGGAAAUUUACCGGCAGUAACAGGUCGCAAUCAUUUGGUGCUGGAUCGGGAUCUGGGUCACAGUUCAUUCCUACUCCUGGGUCGUCGGUAAGUAGCCAUGGGUAUGAUACGUCGCCGUUUGAGAGUGCGACAGAGCUUCAGUCGUCUGCUGGUCAAGGUUCGGGAUGUGGUCAGUUCAAGCAGAACCCGUUCAAGCCGAAGGGGAUGUGCAGUAAUUGCUUUGAGUACCAUUGAUGGACUCGCGAUAUACAUUCUAAAUUUCAGAUUCACUAAUUUUGGGACUUUUGAUUUCAUUAGACAUUUACUGUGUAAAUAUUUGCAUCUAACAUGACGACAGAAUAGCUAGGACUUGGGCCUUUUGUUUAUGCGGUUGCGAUCAAACGAGAAAGCACGAUAAGGGGACAACGUGCUUGCUGGCAGGGUUCUGCCAUGGUUAAUGGCAUGCGCCUUUGGGUCAAGCGGUCUGCGUAAGUUGAAGCGUGUUCAAUAAAACCUCUAGUGUGAGUUGUGGUGAUGUGAUAAUGGCGCAAGGAUCUUUCGUUCCCGUUUGGUGGCGAGACGAUUAUCCGGUGAUGCUGGAGCUUUCUACAUAUGAUUACAUUCUAAUUCUAGAGCAGUCCGUAAAUGUUGGAAUUAGGAAAAGAAAGGAACGUGUGUGCAUCUGGUUGACAUCGUUACAUUGCCGAAUUUAGCAG